GGGUCCGUCCACAUUCCACGAGCAUCAUCCGUUAGCACCAUUAUUAGUAUAUUAUUUAUCUAUUAAAUUCAGUUGUAUUUAUAUAGCGCGAUUGUUGUUUCAAAACAGCUUUAAUCUAGUAGAUGUGAUUGUUUUGUAUGGUGUAUAUUUAACGAUGCGCCCGCCUUACUUUCUAUUAAUGGCAACACUGCUGAUGAUCGCUGAUGGGUUUACACUGAAGGGUUCCUCAGGUCCUCUGGUUGUUCCUCUGGGAGGUUCAGUGGUUCUUCCCUGUUCUGUUGGUUCACUCUUAUCACUGGAGGAUCUGGAGGUGGAAUGGAGAAGAUCAGACUCACAGACUAUCAUUCAUCUGUAUCAAGAUGAAGAUAUUAGACCAGAGUCUCAACAUCAGGAUUAUCAUGAUAGAGCUCAUUUCUUCACUGAAGACAUUAAACAUGGAAACUUCUCCCUCCUGUUGAACAAUCUGACAGCUGAAGAUGAGGGAAAAUACACAUGUAAAGUUUACACUGGACAAGAGUCUGGAGAAACUGUGGUGGAAAUUAAACAUGUUGAGCGUUUGAUUGUGUCCGGAUCAAAUAAGUUGAUAUCUGUGUAUGUUGGUGAUGACGUCACUCUGAGCUGCUUUGUGGACUCUCACAUCAAACCUGAAGAGAUUGAAGAGGUUUCAUGGAAGAAAAGAGAUAAAGAUGGAGACAUUUCAGUUAUUGUCUAUCAAUACAAUGAAACUUUAUCAGACGCAUCAGAUGAGCGAUACAGAGACAGAGUUGAGUUCUUCACUGAUGAAAUCCACAGAGGAAACUUCUCUCUCAGACUGAAGAGACUCACAACUGAAGAUAAAGGAGUUUACAUCUGUCAAGUGUUUACUGGACGACUAUCAGCAAACACAACUGUUAAACUGGAGAGAUUGGGUUUCUCUGGUUUACACAUAAUGGUGUUGAUUCUCUGUAUUACUGCAUGUGGAUCUGCAGUUAUUAUCUGUAGUUUAAUCUACUGUCACUUGCACAAAGAAGAUUCAAUUUUCUGUCUUCAGAUGUUUUUGGUCUUCUGUCCAAAUAUCAUUCUGUUCUUUGCUUUUGUCUUUUGGGGAGUUUCUGAAGUACGGCCCGAGGAGGACGCCAGGGACCUAAGGGGCGAGAGAAGGAACAAACAUCUCAGACCAGUGACAGAAACAGGAGAAGCGGAGGGCGCCACGGAUAGCAGGGUCCCUCCAGGAAAGGAGUCCUAG